AUGGCUCCUGGAUUCCUCUUCUGGGUCCUGGUCGGCUGGUCAGUGCUAACUAUGGCAGAAGGACAAGAUGUAGUCACCCCUCCUGGUGGCUCACAAGAUAAUGUGACCCCUACAGACUGCCAGAUCUUCACACUCACCCCUCCGCCCCCCACAAGGAAGCCUGCGGUAACAAGAGCCCAACCCAACACAAGGAUAUUCCCCUGGACGUGGUUUCAUUUUCUACCAAGAAGGCCCGGCUUCUACUGGCCUCCUAACAGACCUUUGCUCCUUCCAAACUACAACCCCGGCUUCCAGUUCCAUCCUUUCUACCUGCCACAAGGAAGACUUUCUGGGAGAUACUUCCUCAGAGGCCAGCUGCAGGGUGGAAGCUCAUCUGAGGAGAGCAUAGAGAAGUGA